AUGUUCACUGUGCUACAAACAGUAUUUCGUUUGCUACUGCUAUUACUUGGUGUUCUAUACAAAGUAAGGAUACAAGCAACAUCCGAGUCAAACUGGCCAGUUAGCACAUCGAAUACGAAACUACUCGGUUUCUUCCCUCAGCAAUCGAACAAUAAAACUUAUAAUGAAACCUGGAUCAUUCAUUGUAUGUCCAUGUUUCGUGCAGCUAUUCUUCUAUCGCAUCAAUACAAUAUGAUGUACCAAGGCGAACUGAUUGGUUAUGAAGAGAUCAUCACAGGCGAAGAUAUUAUGUUGACAAUUGAUGGUACAUGUAAUAAAGUGUCUACGUCGAAUAUCAUCGGAUUUGUUGGUCCAGCAUAUUCGAGAGAAGCACGAUAUCUCUCGUCAUUUGCACAUCGCUUGGGAAUAAUCAGUAUCUCAUACUCGGCGACGAGCCCGCAACUGUCGACUAUUGAUAGCCAAGCUUUCUUUCGUGUAGUUUCAUCAGAUGAAAACACUGCACUGGGCAUAUUAUUAUUAUUCCAACGGUACAAGUGGAAAUCGUCGAUCAUUAUACAUCAAAAUGAUGAGUUUGGUAAUGAUGGAAUGGAGUCACUAAAACAGCAAUUCAGUGAAGUGGAUAUCAAAACUCGAGAGACAAUUCGACUCGGCAUGAACGUAACCGAUUACCAAAUCGAUUGGGUACAAAUAUUAAAAGCGAGUUAUUCGCGUAUUGUUGUUCUCUGGGCCAAUGAACAGUUAACAACAAUGGUAUUAAAGCAAGCUAUGGAGGAAGAUUUACUGGGAUCAGAUUUUGUUUGGAUAUUGACGACGAAUAUACCAUUGACUAGUUUCACGCUACGAGAAAGGCAAAAGUUAAUUGGAACUCUAACGAUCGAACCUAUGCACGCGGAUGCGAUAGAACAGCCAAUCAAUACAACAUUACUGAAUCAAGCGUAUGACAUAUGGAAACAUUAUCAACCUGAAACAUUUCCAGGAAAUGAUAAUGUCAGUAACUUUGCAUUAUUUACCUUUGAUGCAACAUGGAGCUUUCUGUUAGCCUUGCAGAAACUUUGUACCACUGAACAAUCGUGUUUACAGAUUAAUAAUGCUUCAAAUUGUUAUUACCGACAAUUUUCCAAUUCUGAAUUCUAUUAUCAUUUGAUGCGAUCCACAUCGUUUUUAGGUGUAUCGGGUGAAAUUAGAUUUUCUAACACCACAACGGAUCGCGUUGGUCAUCAAUAUUAUGUUGUUCGAAAUAUUCAAUCCAUCGAUGUACAAAACAAAACUAUUGAUCAUAAGCCAGUUUUGAAAUGGGAUACCGAAUCAUCUCAAUGGACACAAUACAGAAACGAAUCUGACGACAUUGUUUGGCCAAGUCAAAUAACAAAGGCUCCAGCAGAUUAUAAACUGAUCAGAGGAACACGAUUACGUAUGGCAGUUAUUGAAGCUACGCCAUUUAUAAUACUGAAAAAUCCCGCUAUUUCGUACAGUGGAAUGACAGGCGAUUACAAGAAGAUUGAACUGAGUGAAUUCGAUGGAUUUUAUAAAGAUAUACUGGUUUAUUUACAAGAUGAAAUGGGCUUUGUUCCGGUUGUCAUGUUGGCUAAACCGACAGUACAAUAUGAUCAGUUGGUAGAAGGAGUAGCAAACGAUCUAUUCGACACUGUAAUGACAACAAUCACUAUAACGUCCCGACGAACUGCAUUGGUUGAUUUAUCUAUCGCCCUGAUGCCGAGUGCCAUCCGCGUUGUUAUACGAAAAUCCCAAUCUAAUGAUUUUGAUCUGUUCUUCUUUUUGGCGCCAUUUUCAUGGGAAUUAUGGGCAGUUAUCUUAGCUACGAUAAUAUUUACCGCAAUUUUAUUAGGGUUGCUUGAACAGACACGUCCCAAAAGACUGAACCCUGCAGUUAUUAGGCAUAGAAUACUCGAACGUAUUCAUUAUGUAUUAUGUACUAUGCUCGGAAGAGAUCGAACUGGAGAGAAUAGAUCAAGUGCUGAACAAGUUCUUAUAUAUGGUUUGCACGUUAUCCAAGUUGUUCUAUUUUCAUUGUAUACAGCUACUAUAUUAUCGUUUAUAAUAGCAAGUAACUCGACUACUAUUGUGUCAGGAAUCGACGAUAUUAAAAAUGGUAAAGUCGCACCGAAUCGAAUUGGAAUUGUAAGUGGUUCUUCCAUCGAAUAUUACUAUCUGAAUACGAUUUCACAUGGGAAAAAAGAUUAUUACGAAGUGAAAACAUUAAAUGACAUUUACCAAAGUUUGAUCAAUAAAGAUAUUGACGUAGGCCUUUGGAGUAAUCAUUCGAUCAUCUAUUUCACGAACAAUGUUUAUUGUGACUUGAUGACUGUUGGUGUUGAAUUCAGUCAAAGUUCCUAUCAUUUGCCGAUCAAAAAGGGUUGGAUAUACGAAGAUGAACUCAAUGCUGGUGUUUUAUCCUUGAUCGAGUCUGAGGAACUGGAACGAAUACAAAAUAAAUGGUUUCGAACACAGCGUUGUAGUAGUGCAGAUGCAUUCGAUACAAAAACAAGUUCAUUGUCAUUGAAACAGACCGGCGGUGUGUUUAUUGUGUUUCUGAUUUUUGGUGUAAUAGCUGUCAUUAUACAAGCUUUUUCCGCAAUACGAGGAUACUUCUCAUCCCAAAAUAAUGCACCUUUGCAGAAUAACAGGGCCCCAGUAUCAUCUCCACCGACUCCGGAUAUUCGUCUGAACCCCCUUUCAACUGUUUCCCAAGGGAACCCGCACCGAUACCUAAACUUCCACUGA